AUGGGCACGGUUCGAAAACUCAUAGUGGAAGUUAUAGACGCACAAAACCUUGCACCAAAGGACGGUCACGGAACUUCAAGUCCUUACAUCGUAAUCGACUUCUAUGGUCAAAGAAAAAAAACCCGAACCGUGGUUCGCGACUUGAACCCGAAACACGGGCCGAUUCGGAGAGAAAACUCACUCGGUCGAGUUCGACUCAGUUCAACUCAGUUCCUUAGUCAAGGUGAAGAAGCUUUGAUUUAUUAUGAAUUGAAAAAGAAAAGUUUGUUCAAUACCGCACAAGGAAAAAUUGGAUUGAAAAUUUACUAUGUAGAUGAAGAAAUUUCUCCGGAACCGGUACCGGAAAAACCAGUGUCACCACCACCUGAGAAGAUAGAUGAAGCAAAGAUUAACGAUACUGAAAAAGUAGAGCCACCACCGGCACCGCCUUCUGAACCAUCGCCAGAAAGUGAAAAACUAGAAGAAGAUCAACCGGUGGUAGAGAAAACCGAACCAUCUCCUAAACCCGAACCAAAGUCCAAAUCAGAAUCUGUUACAGAAGGUGAAGAUCAGGUGGAUGUGUUACAACCGGAACCAUUUCAAAUGACAGCUGCAACUAUUUCGAGAUCAAAUUCAGAAAUCAAAUUAAACGGAAUCAACGGUCCACAACCAAUUAGAAAAUCAUGA